AUGAGCAGUGAUGAGCUACGCGAUUCUCGUGGAAUGCCACAACCUGGAUUCAUUAUCGAACAUCAGAGCAGUGACCAUAAGUGGAAAGUAUUGCGUAAUAUCUACUCUGGACCAUUUUCUGAUGUCUAUGUCGUUGCCGAUGUGGCAACGAAUGAAAAGUACGCUAUGAAAUGCGAACGACAAGAAGGAAACUCGCGUCCUGUUUUGAAGCUUGAUGUUUUAGUUUUGAUGGCGACCAAAGGGCUAAAAGGGUUUCCAAAAUUCGUGGCUGCUGGAAGAACUGAUGUCUACAGGUCCCGAUGGAAUUCCAAAAACAUUUUUUGUCGAAAUUCUUGUUUAGAUCUUGGACGACUGCGUAGAACUCGUCCUGAAAGACGUUUUUCCAUUGCCACCGCACUUCAAAUUUUGGGGCAAACAUUGAGACGUCUGGAAGAUCUUCACAACUGUGGAUGGUUGUGUCGCGACGUCAAAGCACCAAAUUUUUGCAUUGGUAUCGGGGAGCACGAGUCAACUGUCUAUAUUCUUGACUUUGGAUUCGCUAGAAAAUUUGUGGACAAAGAAGGGAAAAUCAUACCACCCAGAAGCGCAGCUGCUCUCAUGGGAACCUUCCAAUACUGUGCAGUAUCCGCUCAUUCUCACAAGGAUCAAUGUGCUCGGGACGACUUGGAAAGUUGGUUUUAUAUGGCUGUAGAGCUACUGAAAGGACCUCUCCCAUGGGCGAGUAUCGAUGGCCACAAAAAUCAUAAACUGAUUGGUGACGCCAAAGUGGAAAUUAGAACGGAACCUGCGCGAUCACAGUUCUUUGAAGGCGUGCCCAAACAAUUUAACGAAAUUCUCACUAUUCUGGAUGCAACAUCUUUCUAUGACCGUCCCGACUACAAACGGUUGAGUGAUCUACUUGCGGAGGCCGCUGCCGAAAAUAAAGUGACAUUGAAAGAGCCGCUGGAUUGGCAAAACAACGAAAGGAUGCAACAAAAAGCAAUAUUUGUUGGGGAACUCGGAGAAUCUCAUCAGGCUUCAGCAAAGUUAGAUGCUAAAGACAAUCCGAACGAAUCGAUGGAUAUCGAAUUCGAUGAACUGCCGGCGAAGGAUCUUUCUAAAUCACACAGCGGAGAGAAGUGUGACUCUACUCCCAAAAAGCAAAAUUUAACUUUUCUAACAUUUUGCUCGUUCGUGUCGAAGCCAACUAUUGAGCAUAACUUUUGCGCCUUUAAACUGACUACGGUAGCUCUGGAAACAUUUUCCGAUACUUUUUCCCUUCUUUUCUUCGAGUCUUUUUUUGAAAUAUUUUCGAAUCUCCAUAAGAUAUUCAAGAUGUCAUACGAAAGGCCAGCGUCGUUCAAAAUAAGCUUAUCGAAAACGAUGGAAGUUUUGAGUAUCUCUGAUGAUAAACUCAAGAACAAACGCCGCACUCUUUUGGAAAACGAGAAGUUCAAACUGAAAGUUCUGUUCAAUGAAACCCCUGGACACACUAAAAUUCUUUAUACCGUCGCUAACGGACGUAAUAUAGAGGCAACACUCGAAAAGCUCAAGAGAGAGGUGAUGGAUAUUCACUUUGCUGGUGCCAAUGAACCUCGGAGACUUUUCAACAAUCCUGUGCUUAUGUAUUCUGAUUGCAUUGGAGAUCGAUAUGUGUCCGAAAUUAGGUUCAAAACUAAAUUAGACGGUUGCAAAGCAGUUGACGUUCAGUUGAUUCUCAAGGAAAAACCAAAACCGAUAGUGUUUCCAAAUGUUUCAAGACAAAAGUACAUUCAAUUGAGAGUUUGCAAAAACAUUCCGGCUUCGACGAAAUUAAAGGAGUCUUUCGACCAAUGGAUGAGCAAAGGAGGACUUAUGAUCAACUUCAUCACUGAGUCUCUCUGGCCUGCUAUCAAAGUUGCAAACAAACAAGAAAGCCAAAGAAAACCUAAAAAAGAGCACGAUCAUCAAAAUUCAGUCCACAUCCUCCCGCUAAUUCCUCGAGCUUUCUCUGGCAGUGACCGUGGCCCAGGAAGAAAAUUUGAAAUCCGAAGAGAUGAUCGUGAUAACCAACGAGAUCAUCGACUGCCGAACAGAAGACAACAUGAGAAUGGAAUGAUGGAUAAGGGAGCACACAUCCCCCGCCAUAAGCCACAACAAUCGAAUCAGCCGAGAAUGCUAAGAGGAGGCGCAUUUCAAUCGGGGCCUUUCGAGUUCUUGGGAUUAAGAAAUCAAUGCGUUGCCCAGCAGACGGUCGGAGGAAGUUUUGGAGCUCCUAAAACAGAUUUCCUUGCAAUGCACUAUAGUGGUUCACGAGAGAAUCGCUCAGAUAUGGACAGAGAACAUGACAGACGAGGAAGAGGAAGAUCUCGUGGACCGGGUGGACGUGGAAUUGAUAAGGUUGACUGGCGCAAACGUUCCCAACCUCAGUAG